GAGCCACGCCCAUGCCGCGAAGAGGCUGGCCGCGGCGUUUACUGAUGCUACAAAAGUCUCGAAGUUUCUAACCCUCCAGGGCAAUCCGUGACCCUGUCUUAAGAAGAUGAGGUGACCACCUGGCGAUAAGGACCACAGGGUCUGAGAAAGGACAAAAGACGACCUUUAGAAGGAGCUCCCAACCCAGAACCACAGGAAAUCAAAAAGCCCGCACGAACUAGGAAAGAAAACACACAACCUGCCAUCAGUGCGAUCACGUAUCUCCCUCGCCAGGAAAGUAACUCCAAACCGCCAAUCAUCGGCGACGCUGGACGUAGACGUCUUACGCAGUGACAUUAAAGCAAGAUGGCCGCGCCCUGCAGAUUUUCUCUUGUUGCGUAAGUUUUUUUGACCGUCACUCGUGUCAGCUUCAAAGUCAGAUAGAUUUUUCUCCCAGCAUGUUCUACUUCCGAGGCUGUGGCCGUUGGGUCGCGGCUUCCUUCACCAAGCAGCAGUUUCCGUUGGCACGGUUAAGCAGUGACAGCGCGGCACCCCGGACUCCGCAUUUCGACGUGAUAGUCAUUGGUGGAGGACAUGCGGGGACUGAGGCAGCCACCGCCGCGGCUCGGUGCGGCUCUCGGACUCUGCUCCUCACUCACCGCGUGGACACGAUCGGUCAGAUGUCAUGUAAUCCUUCCUUUGGUGGCAUCGGAAAGGGACAUUUAAUGAGGGAAGUAGAUGCCUUGGAUGGCCUGUGUUCUCGCAUCUGUGACCAGUCUGGUGUACAUUAUAAAGUUUUAAACCGGCGUAAGGGACCAGCUGUAUGGGGUCUGAGAGCUCAGAUUGAUAGGAAACUCUAUAAACAGAACAUGCAGAAAGAAAUCUUGAAUACACCACUGCUUACUGUUCAGGAGGGAGCUGUAGAAGAUCUUAUUCUUACAGAACCAGAGCCUGAACACACUGGGAAAUGCCGUGUCAGUGGGGUUGUUUUGGUGGAUGGAAGCACAGUAUAUGCAGAGAGUGUGAUUCUGACUACUGGGACAUUUCUGAGAGGCAUGAUUGUAAUUGGAUUGGAGAUGCAUCCAGCAGGACGUUUAGGGGAUCACCCUUCUAUAGGAUUGGCUCAGACGCUGGAGAAGUUAGGGUUUGUGGUGGGAAGGUUGAAGACUGGGACUCCACCCCGAAUUGCCAAAGACUCCAUUAAUUUCAGUAUUCUAAACAAGCAGACACCGGACAAUCCAUCCGUACCAUUCAGCUUUACCAAUGAGACAGUAUGGAUUAAGCCAGAAGAUCAGCUGCCAUGUUACUUGACUCACACCAACCCUAGAGUGGAUGAGAUUGUCCUUAAGAACCUUCACCUUAAUAGUCAUGUUAAGGAAACAACAAGAGGACCUCGAUACUGUCCCUCCAUUGAAUCAAAAGUUUUGCGUUUUCCAAACCGUCUACACCAGGUUUGGUUGGAACCUGAAGGAAUGGAUUCUGACCUUAUCUACCCACAGGGGUUAUCUGUGACGCUACCAGCUGAGUUACAAGAGAAAAUGAUCACAUGUAUCAGAGGCUUGGAGAAAGCUAAAGUGAUUCAGCCAGGCUAUGGUGUUCAGUAUGAUUACUUAGACCCCCGUCAGAUCACUCCUUCCCUGGAGACUCACUUGGUUCAACGACUCUUCUUUGCUGGACAGAUCAAUGGCACCACUGGUUAUGAAGAAGCUGCAGCUCAAGGUGUGAUAGCUGGAAUCAAUGCCAGUCUUCGGGUCAGUCGCAAGCCUCCCUUUGUGGUUAGCCGAACAGAAGGUUACAUAGGAGUCUUGAUUGAUGACCUCACCACUCUGGGCACCAGCGAACCAUACCGCAUGUUUACCAGCCGAGUAGAGUUCCGUUUGUCACUGCGCCCUGAUAAUGCUGACAUCCGGCUCACACUGCGAGGGUAUAAAGACGCUGGCUGUGUGUCCCAACAACGAUAUGAAAGAGCUUGUUGGAUGAAGUCUUCUUUAGAAGAAGGCAUUUCUGUGUUGAAAUUUAUUGAGUUUUCGAGCUCUAAAUGGAAGAACUUAAUCCCAGAGGUUUCUAUAAGUACUAGUAGAAGUCUGCCUGUCAGAGCUCUCGAUGUUCUGAAGUAUGAGGAAGUUGACAUGGAUUCAUUAGCCAAGGCUGUUCCAGAGCCCUUGAAGAAGUAUACUAAAUGUAGAGAGCUGGCUGAAAGACUGAAAAUAGAAGCCACUUAUGAAUCAGUGUUGUUCCAUCAGCUACAAGAAAUAAAGGGAGUUCAGCAAGAUGAAGCUCUCCAACUGCCAAAAGACAUAGAUUAUUUGACUAUCAGGGAUGUGUCUUUGUCCCAUGAAGUUCGAGAAAAACUACAUUUUAGUCGUCCGCAGACGAUUGGGGCUGCUAGUCGUAUACCUGGAGUAACACCUGCUGCCAUCAUCAAUCUGCUGAGAUUUGUGAAGACCACUCAACAAAGACAGGCAGCUAUGAAUGAAUCACCCAAGACUGAUCAAUGCUUACGUGAUGCAGAUAGACUUCAAGAGAGACAGUUAUAGCUUUCAAUUCAUAAAAGAUUUUUAAAGAGCAUGUAAAUAAUUUGAUCAAUAUACAAGAAUAUAGAUAAAAUAAUUAUUUAGCACAUGUUAAAAUAGCUUUAUUAGGUUACUGUGGGUUUGCCAUUAAUUUAUGAAUGGAAUAGAAAUUAAAAUUGUGCUUUUUUGUGUAUAUGAAAAAACUAGUUGUAAACAAUUUGUAUUCUUUCUUUAAGGAGCUCUAAUACAAUAACUUUGUGCAGUGUUCAUCAAAGAGAGAGAGAAUGAACCUAAAACUAAACCUGGAAAAAAACUCAACAUGCAGAUUUGCCUACUCAUAGGGACUUUGCCUGUUAAAUCUAACAAAUUAAAAGUCUUAUCAUUCAACUUG